AUGAAGCCUAUCCCCUUUGUAGCUAUCAUACCAAAGAUCAUGUCUUGGUAUGAGCCUGCAAUCGAUGUGAACAAAGUCCCAAGAGAUGACAUGAUUCUGCGGCCUCAUGAAAGUGAAAGUACAAAUGAUAGAGAAUACACACCAGGAAGCUCUGCAAAAGGGGCACCUGAGUCCUCACCUGAUCAGGAGAUCAGCUUGAGUGACAUCGAUGAGAAGAUUAAUGAGUACCCUUCAAAAGAAAUAACUCCUCCUCAAGGUAAGUCAAUACCAAUAGCUGAUGACGUUAAAGCAAAGAUAGAUAAAGUUGACGAACUAACAAAAGCAUUUAACGAAAGAAUAGGGACUACGAAAGUAUCUGGGAUUCACGACAAAGAAGCAUGGAACAAGCUUUAUGAAUACUUAAGAUUGAACUUUAAUGAUUUCUUGAUAGAUGGGCAUCUCUCCAUAGAACUACACAUAAGAUAUAUCCUGUGCUGCUAUGUUGUUGCAUUCAUCCCGGGCCAGUUUGCAUUCCUCUUCCCUGCAUUCUACAAGGUAUUCAUUCCAAAGAGAGCGAUGAAGGUUCCCAUUCUUGGUGAUGCUUUGAAAGGAAUAGACCGAUUUCUAACAUUUGUCAGUGAUCGUAGCACAAAGACCUUCAUCAUAACAUUCUAUGUAGGACGACAGAACUCUCUUGUGGAAGACAUAGAGUUCGUAAAGAAGGUUCCCGAUCUUAUAUUCACCGACCCUAUGGCAAUACUUAGGGAGAUUCUAAAGUUUGAGAUAAGGUCUGAGGGGUAUGACAACAAGAAAGAGCUGUAA